AAGGGGGUUUCCGCUUCCGGCAGCGGCGGCUGCAGCCUCGCUCUGGUCCCUGCGGCUGGCGGCCGAGCCGUGUGUCUCCUCCUCCGCCGCCGCCAUAUUGUCUGUGUGAGGAGAGGGGAGAGCGGCCGCCGCCGCUGCCGCUUCCACCACAGUUUGAAGAAAACAGGUCUGAAACAAGGUCAUACCCCCAGCUGCUUCUGAACACAUUGACUGCCAGAUCUCCAAACAUCAAGUCCACCUUCAUUCGCCAACCUGUCUGACAUGUCGGGACCCGUGCCAAGCAGGGCCAGAGUUUACACAGAUGUUAAUACGCACAGACCCCGAGAGUACUGGGAUUAUGAGUCACAUGUGGUGGAGUGGGGUAAUCAAGAUGACUACCAACUCGUUCGAAAAUUAGGCCGGGGUAAAUACAGUGAAGUAUUUGAAGCCAUCAACAUCACAAAUAAUGAAAAAGUUGUUGUUAAAAUUCUCAAGCCAGUAAAGAAGAAGAAAAUCAAGCGUGAAAUAAAGAUUUUGGAGAAUUUACGAGGCGGUCCCAAUAUCAUCACACUGGCAGACAUUGUAAAAGACCCUGUGUCACGAACCCCUGCCUUGGUUUUUGAACACGUAAACAACACAGACUUCAAGCAAUUGUACCAGACGUUAACAGACUAUGAUAUUCGAUUUUACAUGUAUGAGAUUCUGAAGGCCCUGGAUUAUUGUCACAGCAUGGGAAUUAUGCACAGAGAUGUGAAGCCCCAUAAUGUCAUGAUUGAUCACGAGCACAGAAAGCUACGACUAAUAGACUGGGGUUUGGCUGAGUUUUACCAUCCUGGCCAAGAAUACAAUGUCAGAGUUGCUUCCCGAUACUUCAAAGGUCCUGAGCUACUUGUAGACUAUCAGAUGUAUGAUUAUAGUUUGGAUAUGUGGAGCUUGGGUUGUAUGCUGGCAAGUAUGAUCUUCCGGAAGGAGCCAUUUUUCCAUGGACAUGACAAUUAUGAUCAGUUGGUGAGGAUAGCCAAGGUUCUGGGGACAGAAGAUUUAUAUGACUAUAUUGACAAAUACAACAUUGAAUUAGAUCCACGUUUCAAUGAUAUCUUGGGCAGACACUCCCGUAAGCGAUGGGAACGCUUUGUCCACAGUGAAAACCAGCACCUUGUCAGCCCCGAGGCCUUGGAUUUCUUGGACAAGCUGCUGCGAUAUGACCACCAGUCACGGCUUACCGCAAGAGAGGCCAUGGAGCACCCCUAUUUCUAUACUGUUGUGAAGGACCAGGCUCGAAUGGGCUCAUCUAGCAUGCCGGGGGGCAGUACGCCUGUCAGCAGCGCCAAUAUGAUGUCAGGGAUUUCUUCAGUGCCAACCCCUUCACCCCUUGGACCUCUGGCAGGCUCACCAGUGAUUGCUGCUGCCAACCCCCUUGGGAUGCCUGUUCCAGCUGCCGCUGGCGCUCAGCAGUAACGGCCCCUUCUGUCUCCUGAUGCCUAAGCAGAGGUGGGGGAGUCGACGCUCUCCUUGAUGCAGCUUGCGCCUGGCGGGGAGGGGUGAAAUACUUCAGAAGCACCGUGUCUGAACCGUUGCUUGUGGAUUUAUAGUAGUUCAGUCAUAAAAAAAAAAAAAUUAUAAUAGGCUGAUUUUCUUUUUUUUUCCUUUUUUUUUUCCUUUUCUUUUUUUUUUUAACUCGAACUUUUCAUAACUCAGGGGAUUCCCUGAAAAAUUACCUGCAGGUGGAAUAUUUCACGGACAAAAUUUUUCCCCCCUUUUAAAUUUAAUUUCUCAUCACUAAAGAACAAAGAUGAACCAGCCUCAAUCCCGGCUGCUGCAUUUGGGUGGAGAUCUCUUCCCAUGUCCAUCAUUGCUCCCCCACCAUCCCACACUUUGGGGGAUUUAUAUCUCAUGCUCUUCUCCAGAGAUUAUAAAAAUGUAGCUUCUUCAAGGGAGGUGGGAAGGAAGAAGGAAGGGAGGACCCAACCUACAAGAGCGUUGUGCUGCUGGUCACUUUUAUCACUUUACUCCAAGUGCUUCAGUGGGGUUGUCAUGGUGAAUCUAGUGGAAAUAUGUCUUAGUUUCACUGAGAUGCUGAAUAUCACCUACCCAAAGUGCAGACAGGUCCUGAAAACUUCAACCUGAAUCAUGUCUUAUUAACCGAGCCCUAAAUCCAACUCACUUAGACUUCUAGUUUCAGUUUAGUUUAAAAUGUUAAUACCUUCCCUCCCAGUCUCCUUACCUUGGUCCUCUCCGCCUUCAUCUCCCCACAUGCUCUGUAGCUGGUGGGAGGGGGAGGCAAAAUCUUUUCCAGUUUUCUUUGACUUGGCCAUUUUGAAUUCAGUUAGUUACUGGGCUUAACUUAUUGCUUUUUGCAAAAGAAACAAACAUUGUCUAUAUAGGUUUCAUGCUAGCAACUCUUUCAGAGCUAAUGGAAGAUGUGGCCACACGGAGUUUCAUUUUAAGCUUCCUGCCUUCUUUUCUUCCUUUCUUCCCCUUCCUUCACAUGGCCAUCCAGUGAGAAGACCUGCCCCUCAGUCUUGUAAAUGUAUCUGAGAGGUAGGAGCAGAGCCACUAUCUCCAGUGAAACUGAAAUGGUAGACCUGUAAUUGUGGGAAAACUAUAAACUCUCUUGUUACAGCCCUGCCACCCCUUGCUGUGUGUAUAUAUAUAAUACUUUGUCCUUCACAUGUGAAAGAUCCAGUGUUGGAAUUCUUUGGUGUAAAUAAACGUUUGGUUUUAUUUAUCAA